GGAGACAUGGAAGCAGAAGAUAUUCCUGCGUGUCCUUUUUUUAUUUUAUUUUUCCGCAGCCACCUUCUAAAUAUACCGACAUAGUCUGGCGAAGAAGAGGCGGGCCCCUCCCCUCGCCAAAGGUUAGAGGAUGUCUUUGAAGCAGACGGGCGGGCGCAGCAUCCAAAUGUUGAUGCGAACCUUAAACUACACCGCAGGGUCAACUGGGGCCGAAGGUGUCCUUUGCCACCGGUGGCAAAACGCCUUUCCUGCACAGGCUUAAAUACCCCCUGUUGUGGUCGUUCGCUUCUCUUUCUCUCUCUCUCUUUUUCUCGUUUUUUUCUCAACCCUACUCUCCACAAUUUCAACCUCCAUUCACUUUCCUUCAUUCACGACCUCAACCUCAACCUCAGAACACAAACUCAUUCAGCCAUGUCUAUUACUCUCCAAUCGUCCGAGAUGCAAGAGUUCAAAGUCGACAAAGAGGUGGCACAACGGUCGGUGCUUAUCAAGAACAUGAUCGAGGACGUCGGCGAGUCGGAGGCGCCCAUCCCCUUGCCUAAUGUCUCAGCCGCCGUCUUAGCCAAGGUGAUCGAAUACUGCGAGCACCAUAGGAACGACCCUGAACAGGUCCCAGACGAGUCGGACGACCCUCGCAAGCGAUCCAAUGAUAUCGAGGAAUGGGACAUGAAGUUCAUACAGGUCGACCAGGAGAUGCUGUUCGAGAUCAUCCUCGCGGCCAACUACCUGGAUAUCAAGCCACUGCUGGAUGUUGGAUGCAAGACCGUGGCGAACAUCAUCAAGGGCAAGACCCCCGAGGAGAUCCGAAAGACCUUCAAUAUUGUGAACGACUUUACGCCCGAAGAGGAAGCCCAGAUUAAGAAGGAGAACGAGUGGGCUGAGGAUCGCUAAACAAAGAAAAGGAAGCGUGCUUGUCUCCGCAGAGAGUCCCUGGUUUGUUUUACUACACCCGUAGUUGUAUGUUAGUCUCACCAUAUCUUACUGACCCUUCUUGUCUGGCGGAGCAAUGGCCCACAGCUGUCAGUACUUGUACAUAUCCUGGAUGAGCGAAUAAAAAAAAAAGGCGCCGUCAUCGAACCCAAAAGAAAAUCGGCGAAUGCAGCACAGAAUAGCAUCACACAGGCAAUACAACCAUCCCUCCCCUUCUUAUGUUCCUUAAAAAGCACACUCCGGAUGCAUGAAAGUGCAAGGUUUUAAAGCGCACCACACUCCCCCUGAACCGUUCAAGGACGACAUGAACAAACUCUUCCGCUUAUCCCAUGUCAAUGAGACUUCUCUCAUGCUCCCUCCUAAUCUAGGCCUGAAUGAGGCUAGCGCAUCCAGCCUCUUCACCCCAAGUAGAAAAGAAGAGGCCAGAGACCGCGCCUCCCAGCU